GUACGUGUUUCUGUUGAGUGCAAAAGCACGAUCAUUUGCAUAGUUUUUAGUUGUGUGUAGCCUGCUGUUUGUUAGUCUAGCUUGUUUGAUGAGAAGGAACAAGACGUAUUUUUUGGGUUACUUGCAGCUUGUGACCUUGAUCAUCAUGUGUGCGCGGGAGGGCUCGCCGCCGCUGGGAGAGCCCCGGAGCUCGAGGGAGACGCCGCCGAGAGGGAGGUGACAGCCUGCGCGCCGCGGGGAGGGAGGGGUCGGCCUGUGCGCCGUCGAGAGGGAGGGGCCGGCCUGUGCGCCACCGAGAGGGAGGGGCCGGCCUGCCCGCCGCAGCUGUUGGUGCCCUGCCGGAGAGGGAGAGGAAGAGAGGGGAGGGCCCGGCGGAGAAGUAGAGGAGAAGAGGGGGAAAUGGUGAAAUUCGUGGGUGCGCUGUGCUGCCGCGGGAGCGCUAUGCGCCGCCCUGUGCAGAGCCGUUGGGUGCGCUGCCCUCCUCCGGCGCCGUUGGCCGCGGGCCCGCCCAGUCGAACCGCCAGACGGCCGAGCGCUGGAGAAAAUGGCGGCGCCGCCAUAGUGCCGGCGAUGGCCAACGACCUGGGCACCGCAUGCAAAUGGGCCACUUCCAGAUGGGCGCGGCGUAGCGCGCUGCUGAUCUAGUGGUAUCUUUAUCUGCACUGGAAGUGGCAUCCCGAGGUGCGCAACGUGCAUACGGCCAUUGACCAGAAUUUUUCUUUUGGCCGUCAGAAGAAGCCACGAGGCCUGAUUCUGCUCAAAAACUAACUUGAGCACCGCCGUUCAACUCCACAGGCCAUUACUGCUCAUAGCUCACACGUACACCCACCAAACUUGCUCCUUGCGCCCAUAACCAGGUCCUCCGCCCAUGUAGGUCGCCAUGGGGGCACUGCCCAGCCUCAUCCCCAAGCUCGCUAAUCUGGCCGCCGGUGAGUACGGUCUGCAAAAGGAGGUGAAGGGGGGGAUCAUCUUCCUCCAGGCUGAGCUCGAGAGCAUGCAAGGCGCCCUCGAGAAGAUCUCCAAAGCGCCAGCAGACAAGCUUGAUGACCAGGACAAGAUCUGGGCAAGGAAAGUGAGGGAGAUGUCCUACGACAUAGAGGACACUAUUGACACGUAUAUGGUGAAGUGCAGCGGGGGGAGGAAGCUGGCCGAACAGCAUGGCUUCAAGGAAGCCAUUGACCGGACCCUCAAGUGGUUCAGGCAGCCCAUUAUCCGCCUUAAGAUUGCUAAGGAGAUCAGAGAAAUCAAGAGCCAUGUCGAAGAGGUAGCCAUGCGGCGUGAUCGGUACAAGGUCAACACUGAUGUUGCGAAGCCUGUGACCGUCGAUCCUCGGUUACUAUUUGCUCAGUAUGAGGUGAAAGAGCUCGUUGGCAUUGAUGAGGCGAGAGAAGAGGUAAUCAAGAUUCUAAUGGAAGGCAAUAAUGAAGUGUCCAAGCAGCAUGGCAAGAUAGUUUCUAUUGUUGGGUUUGGAGGCCUGGGAAAGACUACUCUUGCCGAUGUGGUGUAUAAAAAGAUUAGAGCACGAUUUGAUUGCUCAGCUUUUGUUUCUGUACCUCAGACACCUGAACUAAAGAAACUAUACAAGAGGUGGCUAUAUGAUCUUGGCAAGAGCAUCAAUGAAGAAACAUUGGAUGAGAGACGACUCAUAGAAAUACUGAGAGAAUUCCUUCAAGACAAAAGGUACAAAAGCACUCCUUCCAUCAAUUUUGACAUACGGAGUUUCAAAGUUUUUUUAGCCACUGAUAAUUUGCACCGUAUUUUCACAAUACUCCUUUUGUCAAUUAUACAUAUGAAGUAUAAGGCUACAUAUGGUUAAUUAAAUGUUCAUGGAUGGUC